UUUUUUUUUUCCCUCCUCCUUGAAGGAUUCAUGCUGAUGUCUGCAGAGUCGGUUAGAGAGUAAAAACAGCGCAUGCCUUUCUGGAGUCAGGAUCCGUAAAUUCUGACGUAGCCCGAGCAUCUUAAAAAUCCCUGUAAUAUCGCCCAAGCACUUACGUUGCUAUGGUCAUUCUGAUCUCUAAGCAAAUGGAGAAACUACGGAUUUUUUUCCCUUAUUACGGUCGGAUGGGAUGAAGACCUUCCUGCCUGCUGAGAGCGGAGACUCCAUAUGUAGCGAUGCAUAGCUGUGUUGAUCAGUGUCGGUGUGUGAGUAUAAAGUGGUGGCUUCUUAGACUAUCAGUGGUUUGACCUUGAACCUGUGCCAGAAAAACAGCAGAUUACUUUUAUUUAUGCAUUGGAUGGAUUGAAGAAAAGAACCCUUUCCCCCCUUCUCUGCAACCACAGCAAGGGAGGGCAGUUGGAUAUACCUCGCCUAGUGUCUCCUGGUUGAUACCAUCAUUAUUGUUUAUUCUUGUGCUUAAAAGCCGAGUCCUCUGAUGGCUCCCUUAGGUGAAGUUGGGAGCUAUUUCGGUGUGCAGGACGCGGUACCGUUCGGGAAUGUACCGGUGUUGCCGGUGGACAGUCCGGUGUUGCUAAGUGACCACCUGGGUCAGUCUGAAGCAGGGGGGCUGCCCCGGGGACCCGCAGUCACGGACUUGGAUCAUUUAAAGGGGAUUCUCAGGCGGAGGCAGCUGUACUGCAGGACUGGAUUUCACUUAGAAAUCUUCCCCAACGGUACUAUCCAGGGAACCAGGAAAGACCACAGCCGAUUCGGCAUUCUGGAAUUUAUCAGUAUAGCAGUUGGCCUGGUCAGCAUUCGUGGCGUGGACAGUGGACUCUACCUCGGCAUGAACGAGAAGGGGGAACUGUACGGAUCAGAAAAAUUAACACAAGAGUGUGUAUUCAGAGAACAGUUUGAAGAGAAUUGGUACAACACCUACUCAUCCAACCUGUAUAAACACGUGGACACCGGACGGAGAUAUUAUGUUGCAUUAAAUAAGGACGGGACUCCAAGAGAAGGGACCAGGACUAAACGGCACCAGAAAUUUACACAUUUUUUACCUAGACCAGUGGACCCUGACAAAGUACCUGAACUAUAUAAGGAUAUUCUAAGCCAAAGUUGACAAAGACAGUGUCUUCACUUGAGCCCUUAAAACAUAACCACUAUCAAUGCUUUCAUGCGGUGGGUUCUUAACGAUUAGCAGGGCCAUCACCUCAGCUCCACCUGCUGCCUAACUUUGUCGCAUGCAUAUGUAUGAUGGAAGCUUGGAUGAGGACUUGCUGAUUUGCUCUGCACUUACUGGCUGGUCCUCCUGGAGGGCUGCCUGGGGCCACUUGCUUGAUUUAUUGUGACAGCAGGGGAGAGAGGCUGUGUGAGAGGGUGCGAGUGCAUGAGUGGGUGAGUGGAGGGGAGAGCGGCGCGCCAAGAGGACAACGGCCUGAUGCAUGCUGGGAAAUAGACACGCUUUUACAUUUUUGAUCAGUUGAACUUCAUCCUAUAUCAGCACAGCUGCCAUACUUCAACUCAUCAGGAUUUUUGGCUGGUGGCCUGCUCAAGGGAACACUGCCUUUCCGCAGCCGUGGAGGGUGCAGUCUCACUUAAAAGACGCUCAGUUCAUUCUCACUGGUAUCAUAGUCCGGUGAACUUAAAGCAAAGACCUCUUAGUUUAA